AUGUCCUCCCCUUUUCUUGAUAUACAUGGAAAUUCAAUUCCUCAGGAACGGAUUAUCGGAAGUGGGGCGACUGCAGUAGUUUUGCUUCAAAAUGGGGUCGCCAUUAAGACUCCUUUGAGAUACCGCUGGAGCUCAGACUCCGAAGUCGAAGCGAAUACUCAAAGUCUUAGACGCGAGCAAAAUGUAUAUCGCCGCUUGCAAGACACUACGGAUGACCGUUCCCAAGGUGUUGUCCAUUGCAUUGGGUUUUCAGCCAACGCCACCCAACUUGCUUAUAUGGUCAAUGGAGAUCUCCAGGCGUAUCUUGCAAAAUCUCGCCCUCCUCCUCAACUACAACUCAGAUGGUUCAAUCAGAUGGCUCGCACAAUCAGCUUUAUUCAUGAAAGACGUGUGCUUGUUGCAGAUAUUGCCAGCCGAAAUUUUCUUCUUGAUUCGGAUUUAUCACUCAGAAUCUGUGACUUCACAGAAGCUUCUCUUCUUCCAUUGGAUUCUGAUAUGGAAGCUGUAGAUGAGAACGGAUAUACGACCCGGACUGACAUUGCCCUCCUUGGAACUGUCAUGUAUGAGAUUAUCACUGGCACCAAAUGUGAAGUCGAUCUCUUUAUGAAUAACUCCCCUACUGAUGGUCGAGCUUACUGGCCGGAGAGGAAGCUGUUGCCAAGCACAGAAGGUAUCUGGCUAGGCUGGGUCAUUGAAGGUUGCUGGAAUGGUGAAAUAUCCACCGGUCGCAACCUCCUGGAGGCGCUAUAUUCCCUCAACCCGCGCUUGGAAUACGCACUCGUCGGAUCACCCACUGCUCGAUGCUUAGUGACUAUAAGAAAUUGGCGGAAUGAUGCAACUACUAUUGGCGCCCUGUGCUUAGCCGCCCUUACUCUGAUCGUUAUAUUCUCGAUGCUUUAA